GAAGCUGGGGCCGGUGGCGGCACUUUUACCGAGGCUCUUCACAUGGCCGUUCACUAGCGUCAUUGGCUGCCGUGCACAGAGCAACCGCGCAGCUCUCCAUGCGGAAAUGCAAUUCAACAUCUGCAUCAACACCACGAGUCAUCACCACCAACGUCACCUCCUCAUUCUGCUGCAUAUGAAUUCUAUCCCCCGAAGAAGCGGACGGCCGUGAAUCAAACGCCUUCAGUCGACUGUGCCGAGACGGCCUGGAUCAGCCCUUCGCUCCUGGCAGCGGCAGCGCAGCAACUGUCCGCAGCUUAGCAAGCCGUCGUCGCCAUGGAGUUCAUCACAGCCCUCAGGGGCACCUUUGACGGCCAGAAGCCCUCGCUCUUCGAGGUGCUCUCUGAACAGCAGCUUAACGGCCUGCUGCCCCCGACACUGCGAUACCUCCUCGUCGUCGCUACCCACCGACAUCCGCGAUACCUGCUCCGGAUCCUCAACUCCUUUGACGAGCUGUACGCGCUGGUGAUGCUCGCUGUCGAGCGCCACUACCUGCGCACCCGUGGUGGCUCCUUUACAGAGAAUUUUUACGGCCUGAAGCGCGAAAAGGCCCUUCACGGCGAGAUCCCGAGAGCGAGCCUCGCCGCGCCGCAUUUGGUCCGCGAGACGCUGAAGCUGACGACCAAGGACGUGUGGCAGAAUCUGGCGGUUCUGGUCGGCGUACCAUAUCUGAAGAGGAAGCUGGAUGAAUCUUACGAUAUCAACGCGCCCAGAGCGCUACUUGGCGCAGCAUACACGCGGAUGCCAGACAACCCGACGCUGCGCGAUCGAUUUAUGCACUACUACCGGUGGUUUCUGCGCAACAUUUACCCACACGUAAACGCAGCUUACUGCUUUGCCAUGCUGGCCUUUAACCUGGCCUACCUGUUUGACCGAACGAAAUACCACAACCCGCUGAUGUGGCUCAUUGGGACGAGGCUACGGCGGAUGACCAUGGCAGACUACCAAGCCAUCGAGAAGCUGUCCGAGCCCGCGGCCAAUGCCGCCAAGCCCGGCCUUCGAUCUCUACUAUCCGCGCCCAAGGAGUUGGGUUCCAGGGCCAUGUCAAGCCUAUCCAUGCUGCUACCUAUGAGUAUUUUCGCGUUGAAAUUCCUGGAAUGGUGGUAUCAGUCAGACUUUGCGAAGCAACUAUCACGAAAGGCAGCUGAGAGUAUCGAACUGCCUCCUCCGAUAGUAUCCGGAAAGACAUCCUUUGGCAAGAAAAAGGCUGCAGACUCCGAUAAAGCGGAAGAGAAGGAGGAGGAGUCAAAGGAAGUUGUCAUUACGGAAAAGGAGGCCCCAAUUGCAACGCCAUCCAUGCUUCCCAUCUUCGUCGUCCGAUUCCCAGAAGACUCGUCUCUAUGCCCCAUAUGUGUCGAUGAGAUUGUCACGCCGACGGUUUGCCAGACAGGCGUCGUCUAUUGCUACACAUGCAUACACAGAUGGAUCGAGGGCAUGCACCCCAAGCAAGAGGAAUUCAUGGAAGACCGUGAAGGCAAGUGGGAGAGCGGCCAGGGCCGGUGCGCCGUUACGGGGAAACGGGUUCUUGGCGGCACAGAAGGCCUGAGGAGGAUCAUUGUAUAAAUGUAUGGGAGAUGGAGAUGGGGGUCUCCGUAACAGAUGGUGAUGAGUAGAUCAUAUGAUAUGAUAUGACCUGUCCUAUAUAUGUUACAUCAUCAACGGAAGAGGUGGAUAUCAUACUAAUUCGGCAUGUACGAUUAUGAAUGAAGUUGUACAUCAAACAUCUAUGCAAGCAAGCGGGAAAAGAAUGUAGAUGGAUAUUUAGACGGAUAUAUAAUACUUGGCGCAUAUCACGGGGCAUUUUUAGGCGAAACAUGUAAACUCGUUAGAAAGAACUAUCAAAGAUGAUUGCGUUGCAUGUCUCAUACAGUUAAGCCAC